AUGCGACCGGCUCUUCGCUUCCUGAACACAUCACCAGCCCAAAUACGCUCGCUACGAACUACGCAAUGUCUUCGUCCACUUCAAUCCCGCUAUCUCUCCACCUCCCCAUUCCACCAUAAAGAAGAAGACCCCAGCGAAACCAAAGACAACACCCUCCAAGGCUACUACGCCGACCUCCUCGACGCACCUCUCCAUUCCGUUCAACACGCCACCAGAACUCCACCCAGCCCUCCCCCAACAGAUAACCUCCCACUAACCGAAAAGGAAAAAACCCUCGCCAAAGCCCGCGUCGUUUUCGGGUCCCGUCUUGCCGGCCCAGAAGAACGCCAGAAAGAACUGGAAAAGCAAUCCCAAUGGAUCGCGGGGAUCAUGGUACCCCCUCGACCCGAAGAACCGGACAACUGCUGCAUGAGCGGCUGCGUGAAUUGCGUCUGGGAACGGUAUAGGGAAGAGUUGGAAGAAUGGGCCGCCAAGAGCACGGAAGCGAGACGUAAGGUGAUUGAACAGAGGACGAGGGGGACUGCGACGGGGAUGAUGGGUGCUAGUGCGCAGGACGCGGCGCAUACAAUGAUCAGCAUGGAUGACGAUGGGGGCGGGAGUGAGACGAACUGGUCGAGUGCGUCGGAGACGGAAAUGCUCGCGGGAGAGUCAGACGCCACGACGGAUCCGUUACAGGGGAUUCCGGUGGGGAUUCGGGAAUUCAUGAAGACGGAAAAGAAAUUGAAAGAGAGGCAUCGCGCCAAAGGGGAGGUUUUGGAUACGGCUUUGGAUAAGGAAUUGAGGGCUAGUGUUUGGGGUGCUGGACAGACGGGAGGAGCAUGA